AUGGGAUCAUGGUUACCUUGUGGUUAUCUUGUGCGCUCCUUGUCGCACAAGAUCGAAAUCGAGUGUAGGGAUCUGGAUGAGAUCACUACAAAGGAGGAGGUUUCUGAAGCCAUUGGAAAGCUGGUGGAAUCUCCAGGGGUGCCGGUAAGCGACAUCCUUUUAAGGAAGACUUUUGGCCAGACGCAGACAGCUAUAAUUAGACUGCCUGCCACGUGUGCACGGAAAGCAACGAAGAUAGUCUGGUUGAAAGUAGGCUGGAUGCGGGGCAGACUCAGGAAAGGACCAGAGUUUGGGCACAUUGCGAAACAGUGUCAGAGAGCCAUCGACCGCUUACGAAUGUGCAAGAGAUGUGGCAAGGACGGCCAUAUGGCAAAAGACUGCGCGGAAGAACCUAAGUGCGCGCUCUGCAGCAACGCCGGGAAGGAAGCAGGACACAUAACAGAAGUGCACCCAGCUCAACCUCAACCAUUGCGAGGCGGCUCAGUCUCUGCUUAG